GGCACGGCCACACCGCGCUCUACCUAGACCACACCAAGGUCACGAAAUACGUCGCACUCGAGCCGAACGUCCUCAUGCACCCCGAGAUUCGCACUACCGCGGCCAAGAAAGGGUUUACAGAAGAGGCCGGCACGCUCCUCAUCCUGCCCUACGGAGCCGAGCAGAUCUCCCUGAUCGCGUCUGCCCUCGGGGGCGCACAUGCCGUUGACACUCUUGUCUCGAUUCUCUCGCUCUGUUCCAUCCCCGAUCCCGAGCAGACACUGCGCAGGCUCGUCAACGACGCGCUCAAGCCUGGGGGAACGCUGCUGUUCUAUGAGCACGUUUUGAGUCCGAGGGAGGACGUCGCGAGGUGGCAGCGAUUCUGGGCCCCGGUUUGGGUCUAUAUCAUGGACGGGUGUCGCAUCGACCGCCCGACACAUGUGUGGAUCGAGAAGAUAGACGCGUGGGCGGAGGGAAGUGUGUGGGGAAAGGAGGGCGAGCCAGAGGAGCAUCUGUUCUGGCAUCGUGUUGGGCGAUAUAUGUUCGGAUCGUCGGUGACGUGCUUCUCGUCAGAAGUCAAGGCGGGAACCUGCGACUCGUCGAGUGGUGACCGGAUCCUUACUAGCAGCAUUGGGUUCCUCUGGUACUUCGGUGCUCAGGAGCUACUGCCAGAGUCUCGGGAAGCUACUGUGGGGUGCUGCUCGCUAGGAUCGUGUGGACUCGACGAUUCUUCUCACCCUCACUAUUUACCCGGACGGGUUGCACAUACGAUGUUGUUCCAUCCGGCUGCUGGAAGGAUGGUACAAGGUAUUGGUCCAGACGUCGGAAGUGGCAAGGUUUUUAAUUGGUUUAUCAUACCUUCUGGUUUUGUCGCAAUGGCGUGCGGAGGGCACCUUCUCUUGCUGGAGGGAUGA